UAUAUUAUUUAAAAAAAAAGAAUUAUCCUCUUGUAACUGUCCGCAACCGCAAACGCUAGUUGUAACCAAUUUUUGAAUUUAUGAGGUUUAGAACGGUUUGAUGCGGUUUAAAGCAGUUUGAGUGAUUGUUUCAAAACGCCAACAACCACUACCAACCGUCAAAGUUGUGUUUGCGGAUGGUAGCGGAGAAACCAGUCAUACCUUAAAAACAAAGGAAUGCCAAACAUUUUUACAAAUUUCAUUUGAUCUUGGGAAAUCCCUCGGUGCAUUUCUCGGCUCAAGAUUCAGUAAUCUACUAGAAAAACCUUGAGUAAAAGUAUCAAGGUAUCCCUAGCUACAAUUCUCUGGCUAACUUUCUUCUUAAGUAGUGAUGUCUUUAUUUAUAUGGUCACUGCAUAAAUAUUCAUGUGAUUAUUACUCUAUUAUAAAAAAAAUGGGACUCAAACUCGACCCAUCCACCACGUGAAACCUCAUGUUCAAAUUGUAGUUUUAUAGUAUACUCGGUUUUUUUUUUGUCCCACCGUUUUAGUCAAUAGCAACCUAAAUAAUGCAUGUAUAGAGGCUCCCACUACCAUAAUUGACAUUGACAUGGUUUAGUAACUUCAUUCUCCAACGACCAACAUCAAUUCCACGAGGCAAUUUGGCAGGUGCGUCGUACCAAUAUUUUCUGAAUAAGUAUAUUCUUUGAACUGUCUAAGUAAAGUAUAUUCCCCCGGAUAUAAGAUCAUUCGACCAAAAUAUAUUCCACAUACGUUGCAUAUAUUUCGAAUUCACACAUAUUAACUAUACGAAUUUACUACAUUUAUAAGUUGUUUUCAUCUUAUCUAUUCAUUCUAAGAGUCCACACCGUAAACAAAAGUUAAUCGAUUUACAUAAAACAUUUUUCUAUAUUUAUAAAAUAUUUUUUUUUUAAGGAGACUUACUCUCGUUCCCCAGAAAAGAUAUAUACAGUUGAUAAUGAACGUGACAGAGGCAUAUCAAUCUACCUACUAAAAAUGAUAUAUACUCACAAUAACGUAUCUUAAUGUGGUUAGCACAAUAAGGAAACAAUUCGAACAAAAAUGAAGAGAUUAGCAUGGUCGUAAUUGUUUUUUUGCUGUCAAAAAAAAAAUGUGGUUAGUACAAUAAGGAAACAAUUCGAACAAAAAUGAAGUGAUUAGCAUGGUCGUCCGCAAGAACCAAAGGCAUAAGACCCAAAAAGUUUUACAUACAAUGUUUCACAAAAAAACCCAUCUAUCCGUAGAAAAUACUGUUCUGUAGGAUUUGUUUUAAUGCAUAAAUAACACGAGGAUUUUUGGCAGGUGACCGACAAAAUGAUUAAAAAGUAUGAAUUUAUUAUAAUAAUAAUAUUAUUAUAGAAUUAUUAUUAUUUUGGAUGUUAGCCCUACAAAGCUCAGUAUGGUAAUGACAUUCAUCACUAGAUAGACCAAAUCGGUCUAACUGACCAAUGUCUUCCACAUAGAACUGGACAAAAUAUCUGUAAAUUUAAUUCGAUCCAUUAUUUAUUUUGAUUCAAACCUAAAAUCUGGAUAUCCAUAACUUUAAAAGCAAUCAAAUACCAAUAUGAAAUAUUCAAUCAAAUCAUAAAUACUAAUAUUUUUAUAAACAAAUAUCCGAUGUGUUAUAUGCACAUAUAUACAUAUAUUUAAAAAUUAUAUAUCUAACUUAUAUGAAUAUUUUAUUUUAUAUAAGUUUACACUAUUUUUAUCCAUUAAAUUUAAUAUAUUAGUUAUAGAAUUUUUUAAGUAAAUAUCUAUAUUUUGUAAUAAGAUAUUAUUAUUUUAUAUUAUUUUUAAAUGUUAUUUUAUUUGUGCAAAUCAAAUCGGAUAUUCGGUUAAAAAUCAAAAAUUUUACGGAUAUCUAAAACACAAAUUAUCCGAGUUAGUACGGAUUGAAUCGGAUGGGGAUUACCUUCAAAAACCCGAAUGCUCGAUCCGUAUCCACCCCUACUUCCACACUGCUCCCUCCUCGCCAUAUAAGGGGUGUUACUGUCAUUUCACAUGUACCUACCUAAGUUGAUGCGACAUUAUAAAUAACAAGGUGAAAGAAAGAUCCAUGGAAAAACAAUUAGCACAGUUACAACACUUUGUCUUCUUCUUUUCUAUCCUUACAAUGGAUACUAUAGCAUCAAACUCUUCGGAUCUCACGACCAAGCCUAGUCCCCAAACAUCUCCGUUUAGCAACAUGUAUUUCCUCACAACACUUCAAGCUCUUGUAGUCAUUUCUCUCUUAAUGAUAAUCAAGAAAAUAAAGUCAUCUUCACAUAACAAGAAGCUGCACCCUCUACCACCGGGUCCCAGCGGGUUUCCGAUCGUAGGGAUGCUUCCAGCAAUGCUUAAAAACCGUCCGGUUUUCCGGUGGCUUCAUAGCCUCAUGAAAGAGCUUAACACCGAGAUAGCUUGUGUGCGUCUAGGAAACACUCACGUCAUUCCAGUCACAUGUCCUAAGAUAGCACGUGAGAUAUUCAAGCAACAAGACGCACUCUUUGCAUCAAGACCACUCACUUACGCUCAAAAGAUACUCUCCAACGGCUACAAAACAUGCGUGAUCACACCCUUCGGCGAACAAUUCAAGAAGAUGAGGAAAGUGAUCAUGACGGAGAUUGUUUGUCCGGCAAGGCACCGAUGGCUACAUGAUAAUAGAGCUGAAGAAACCGAUCAUCUAACCGCUUGGCUUUACAACAUGGUUAAAAACUCUGAACCGGUCGAUCUCCGCUUUGUUACAAGGCAUUACUGUGGAAAUGCUAUUAAGAGGCUUAUGUUCGGAACGAGGACGUUCUCGGAGAAAACCAAAACCGAUGGUGGCCCAACCAUGGAAGAUAUUGAGCAUAUGGAAGCUAUGUUUGAGGGGUUAGGGUUUACGUUUGCGUUUUGUGUAUCGGACUAUCUACCCAUGCUUACGGGAUUGGAUCUAAACGGACAUGAGAAGAUCAUGAGAGAAGCUAGUGCGAUUAUGGAUAAAUAUCAUGAUCCUAUUAUUGAUGAGAGGAUGAAAAUGUGGAGAGAAGGAAAGAGAACUCAGAUUGAAGAUUUUCUAGAUAUUUUCAUCUCUAUCAAGGACGCAGAUGGCCACCCUUUGCUUACCGCUGAUGAAAUCAAACCAACCAUUAAGGAACUUGUAAUGGCUGCUCCAGACAAUCCAUCGAACGCCGCGGAAUGGGCCAUGGCGGAGAUGAUAAAUAAACCGGAGAUCCUCCAGAAAGCAAUGGAAGAGAUCGAAAGAGUCGUCGGCAAAGAAAGACUCGUCCAGGAAUCCGACAUACCUAAACUUAACUAUCUCAAAGCUAUUAUCCGUGAAACUUUCCGUCUUCAUCCCGUCGCCGCGUUUAACCUUCCACAUGUGGCACUUUCCGACACAACCGUCGCUGGUUACCAUAUCCCUAAAGGAAGUCAAGUUUUACUUAGCCGUUACGGUCUUGGUCGUAACCCUAAGGUUUGGUCUGAUCCACUGAGCUUUAAACCGGAGAGACAUCUCAAUGAGUGUUUGGAAGUGACUUUAACCGAGAACGAUCUCCGGUUUAUCUCGUUUAGUACCGGAAAGAGAGGAUGUGCUGCUCCUGCGUUAGGUACGGCCAUAACUGUCAUGAUGCUCGCUAGGCUUUUGCAAGGGUUUAAGUGGAAACUAGCUGGAGGUGAGACACGUGUCGAGUUGAUGGAAUCGAGCCAUGAUAUGUUUCUUGCGAAGCCUUUGGUUAUGGUCGGAGAAUUGAGGUUGUCGGAGGAACUGUACCCGAUGGUAAACUGAGGCGACAGUGAUGUACGGCCAGGAUAUAAAUAUGUAUACUAUGAAUAAUUAUAUUUAUCUAAGUGUAUAAUCUAAAGUUUGGUCAAUCAUUAACCAAACUUUGUUCGGUUUUGGUCCUUUUUGGAAACACUUGAAGUGUGUUUCCUCUUUUUUUUUUUUUCUUUCUCUAUAUAUUUUCAAAAAUUAUUGGUGUUACGCUGAUAAUUAAUAAGUAGGUAUUACCUCACAUUUGAGUAUCUAUUUCUCUUGGUUUGUAUCCACAUCGAUGUGUAGCCACGCAUAACUCAAUAUUCUAGGUAGCUGGCAACUAUUUCUCCAUUCCAAAAUGUAUUUUGUACUU